AACCAACAAAUUUAACUUGGUAAUACUGGUACAUCUGUUCACCUGUCUUUUCACUCAUUUUUCCCCAUUUCAUUGCAGACACCACAUUCCACCCACAGGACAUUGAUCCCAGGCCAGAAGGAAAACGACCACAACAUUUUCCACUGAACUCUGUACAAGGAGAUUUUUCUCAAGGGUAGAGUGGAAACUGUAACAAAGCCAACAUGAAGUUAAACCUUGAAGUCCUGGCUUCAACAAGUAUCAAACGAAAGAAACCAUGGCCAAAGUUUGCUUGGCUGGGAGAGGAGAAAGAGAGUCUGUUUCUACUGGACAGAAAUCGCCUCAGUGUGCUGUACCUGCCUUCUGGGAAGACAACUCGCAAAAUACCAAAGUUAUCUCCCCUUUUGCCACAGAUUGUCUGUCUCUCCACUACAUCCAAUGGUCAUUUCCUGGUUUGCUUGCUGGUGUCUGGAGAUGUUGCUAUCUGGCACAAAGACUUGGACAUGCUGAAGAUAAUACCUGGCUUAUUAGAUCAUAUUCCUCUGGCAGAUUUCAGAACAGUGCAUGCAGUGGUUAACCUCUCCUGUGACUGUAGUAAGCUAAUUGUUGUCUUCAACCAUCGGCUGUACUAUGUUUGGGAGAAAGAUCCUCGGCAGAAUGUCUUGACAACUAGAGAGGAGGAUCUCCAAGGUGUAUGGUCAACAGUGGUUGCCCCUGACAACAUUCCCCUCCCCUAUCCAGGCCAAAGAGAGGCUAGCAGUCAUCUUGUAUUCUACAAAAAUAAGGUAUUGGGGAGCUGUUGUCAGAAUUCAGUGGUAUUCACAAGUGAAGACAAACUCUGUGUGUCCACUGUGCUUGUCAGAUUCCCAGACAGCUCAGCAUAUAACAGACACCCAAGUGUACAGGCUGAAUGGAGCAAUAUCCAGUACCCACUGAGAAACAUCAAUGUAUCUUGUGAGCCAAUGGGAUCCAAGGGCUCAUAUGUGGUACAGUAUUCCCCUGAUGGUCAAGUGCUGGCUGUAGGGGUCAACCAGAGGUCAGCCAGCCUCACUGCCUUGUUGUACAUCUCUCCUCUGACUGAAACAGUCAUCAUUGCUGACCUGAGAAACUGUGGAACUAACCCAGCUGUUCACUGUGAAGGGAGGGACUAUUGGAUUGCUGAUUUGGCCUGGACUGCGGACGGUCUUUUUCUGACCUUUAUGACACGACAUGGGUGUUUGGGAGUGGCCCCGCGCCUGGGAGAGCCCCUGCCCCUUCAGUCCUCUGGCUGCUCUCUGGAUAUGGGGCCGACAUACUAUCUUCCUUUGCACCCUCUUAUAGCUGUAAGGCAUCAUGAUGGAAGAGAAUCAGCGGGCUCAGAACAUGACGUGAUGAAACAGCACUUCUCUGUGGCGACUAACCCCCGACUUCCCAUGAUUCUCUGCUCCGAUGGUUACCUGGUAACUGUGCUCCAUUUUCCUCCGGAGCUGGGCAGUGUCACUUUGGUCAGAGAUUUGGUUCUAGAGUCAAGUCAACACCUGUCAUACUUACUGCAACAAGAUAAUCUGAACAUGACAGUGGCUGAUGCUUAUAAACUGCCAUCUGGGAAAAGAAAAGUGAAAGUGCCUGGAAAAUACCAAUUUGAAAUGCCCCCUUCUAACGAGCUGAUGUCAUCAAUUCUAAGUGAGGACAGCUUAGAAGGCUCCCAAAGUUUCUUUCCUUAUCUGAAUUCUGGCCAGGUUGAGUUUGGCCAAGCAGAAGCUUUGUUGGCAACCACUGAUGCAUCAUUUUCUAACUUAGACAUGUCAGUGGUUGUGUUAAAGCAUUUUGAAAUGGCUCAAAGAGCACUAUUCACUGCCUGGGGUGUUGUGGUCUCUGGUAGUGAGGAUAUGUCCAGGAAUAUGGAGAAUGUCACAAAAUAUGUACUGAAAAACAUUGUCAAACUAUUCUCCAUACUUUUGGAUAGUUCCUGCAUCGAGGAUAUUAUGGAAGAUCUUAUCCCUGUGUCCUCCACAGCUCCUGUGCAAAACCUACGCCUCUUCAAACUCCUCAGCCUGUACAAAGCUGUGUUCCAUCUGUGUCAUUUUGAUGCAGUGAAGCAUGACCUUAUGGCAGCCAUGUUGAAGUUCACUCAUGGAACACUGGAUCUGAUUCUGAGUAGUAAACACCUACAAGAACAUGACCCCAGGCUGAAGACCCUUUUAGGCUGCCUGGCCAUCUUGAAGUUUACAGAGACCAUACUAGACAAAGUGUAUGUGUGGGUACCCUCUAGUGCUCAACAGGGGCAGAGGGCUAGCUAUGAACAUGCCUACCUUACUGAGGGGGCGUAUGCAGGCUCACACAGUUCAAAGGUCAAGUCACAGCAGUCUGUCAAUCUCAACCGUACCAAAAGUUUGCCAUCCAAAAGGUUGUGUUUAAGCUGGAAGUUGCUGUAUAAGCACUGUCUCCAUUACCAAGAGAAGCUUAAAACACAACCAGCAGUAUCAGAGCAUUGGGCACAAGUAACAGACCUGACCAGCCGAAUACAGCAGAAACUCCAGGAUUUAGAUGUUGACCUUUCACCUAGACACCAGCAUAUAUCCACUGGUGACAAGCUGAGUCUGAAUGGUCUGUACACACAGGCCCUUGGCGUGUGGCAGAACCAGCUGAAGAAUUUGGCUGCUGGUUCAGAAAGUAAGAGAGUAUCCAAGUUGUGUCAUGCCCAGCUCUACACAUACCUCUUACGGGGGGACUUGAAACAGGCACUGGACCUUGUUGACAACCUUUUGCUGCAGUCAAACUUUACGAAAGAGAGAAGCCAAACUGCAAUCGGUAACUUUCAAGGUCAGACGUCAUCCUUGUUGACCCUGGUUACCUCUACUUUGAAGAAUCAGGACUCGGGGAACACUGAGAAAAUUCCUUGCAUUAGGAAUAAGGCAAUUCGUAAACUUGUGCAGUCCUUGGCUAGGUUUAUGGCAGCAUACUUCACUAAUGAGACGCUGUAUGUGUUUCCCUCUCACAGCCCUAAACCUCUACCCCCAGUACAUGGAGGGAAGGCUGUAGCCAACUCGCGUAUCCUACCCGUGUACCACAGAGAUGUGAGCAGUAUGGUGAGUAAGUGUGGCCUGGACAAAGUGUGGACGACAGAGAGGACCCUGGAGUACCUGAUGUUAGCUGGGCUGGUGUGGGAAGGGGUCUGCUUUGCUGACUCUAUGGGAGACUGGAAAUCAGCAUUCCUCCUGUCUGUGGCCUGUAAGCAGCAUCAGAAGAUCGCCCCACAUCUCUAUCAUAGCUGCAAGUUGUCUAUGCAGUUACCAGAAAGGCUGUACCCUGGCUCUAUACUGGAGAGAGCCUUAGGACAUUUGGUGGGUCAUCCAUCAGCUCUGGACACCCCCAGGGGAAAUAACCACCUUUUUGAGGCCAUUGCCAUUGACGAGGGGACAGACUUGAGUCAGUUAAGACAGACCCUAGAGGAGAUUCUGAAGGCGGGGAUCAUGUCGAUGGUAGAUGUGGCCCCCUGGUUACUCAGUGGGUUGGUACAGAGGCUUAAGGCUGUCAUCUCCCGUCUCCAACCACUGGUUCCCUCAGAGUUCUACCUGCCGUGUCCCCCUAUCUAUUGCCCACAGCCAACCCAAACUGCAGAGGAUGCCCUUGGCUCCGUAGAUGGGGAGGAAGAGAAGAGAGUGAGGUAUGCUGCCUCUUCUGUCACCCAACUCAUACUAGUCGUCCUUGAUGCUUCUAACCUCUCCCUGCCACUUCUGAGAUGGUACAUUAAAGACCUCACCAUUGCCCAGUCCAGGGCAGCACAAUUCAAGGCUACUACAGAAGGUCCCCUAGAUGAACUACCAGAGAUUCUGAGCCAGCACUACAGCAUGCCAUCUAUUGUCAUGUCUAAGCUGGAGUACCCGGCUGUCCAGGCCUGCAUGAUGGCCUUCAGAGACUUUUGUGCACUACAGUGGCUCAUUCACAGCCGAGAUAAGCUUUCCAUGUUGCUGCGAAAGAGAGAAAAGUACUUGGCCAACCUAAACUAUGAGGAUUACCUUAAGUCUAACUGGAGUGGAGGCCAGGAAGAAGAUUGGUUGAGGGAGUGUUUUAAAAGUCUCCAGUGGGCUGUUAACCUCCUGCCUUUCUCCCACUUUCUGCCAGACGAGGGCAGUUUGUAUAAGGUGGUGCUGUCUCUGCUGAUUGAGCUACCUCCUUGUGAAGACACGGCUGAUAUCCUGGCAGAGCACCUGCAUGACAGUGAGAGCCUGGAUGCUGAUGUACAGGAGAAACUGACUGUGCUCCUCAAACAGUGGCAGUCAGUUAUCAUCCAGCCCGAGGAUGAUGGCCGCUCAGCCAGGGAUGAGGAAGAGAGCCUUAAUGAGUCAAGAGAUGGCAAGAAAUCAGUCACAUUCCUUAAAGCUUCACCAAGAGGCAAAACCUUGUCUGUUUAUUUUGAAAAGCAAUGUCAGGUUGUGGCAAAGAUGCUUAAGAAAAAAGCCAAGUGCUUUGGAAGGUAUGACCAGUUUGUGUUCUCUGUAGACACUAGAAGGUCAACUGACAGGACCAAGAAUGAUGUUGAUCUGUUUAUUGGAUGUCGACCAUUUGAAACCAAGCAGUCUUUCAUGGAAUUUCUCGACACUUUCAGUGCGGUGUGUUUCUCUAAACAAGUGGAUUCUGAGGCAGAGUCAACCAACAAUUCACUCCCCUUGUUGGAACCUUUCGCAAGGGAGGUGAAAAAGAGAGAGCUGCAGUCAUUGGCGUAUAAAAUUUUCAACAGUGUUCGUCAGCGACAAAGUUUAUCUGUGUUUUCAACACCAAAACAGAAUUUAGAAAACAUUCAGCAUGAAAAUCCUGCUCCAGAGUCUGCAGCACAGCUCCAGGAGGAUAAAGUUAGGUCUCCUGGUAAACCAAACAUGACUAACCUUGCCUCCAAGUUCAGCCAGUCAGAUGAUACGGUAUACAAAGAUGUGGAUGCAGAGGGGAAUGUUGUGUCACUGGAUAUAGACUUUGGACCAAAAUAUGCAGGUUUACAGAGUCUGUUAGAGUGGCUGACACGUUGGGCUAAUAAACAUCAUGUCUUGGAAUUAGGUGGCCCUGAUUCUCUUCAGCCUAAGGUUCGCAUACACAUUCCACCUCAGCUGGUUGUACUUGCUCUAUGGCUUGUGGAGAACAAAUACAGUUCACCUGUGGAAGAUAAUCACACCAUUGCAGAAAACCAUCAGGAAUCAAGCCACGAGUUGCAGAGCACUCGAUCCUCUCAGCAUGAGCAGUCCACCAACAUUUCCACACAGCAGCAGUCGUCUGUUUUAAAAGAAAGCAUCAGGUCUCGAACCAGGAAACACAUGAAAGCACAAUUAGAAGUAAAUACAUCAGUUCUCAGUGAAAAUGUGGACGAUGAAACCUUGGUGCAAAAUGCAUAUGCUGGAAUAUUAGAAAGAAAUGAAGAGAGUGAAUCGGCUGAGAUAAGCUCUGCUGGCAGUGAUGAUGCCAAUCCACAGUUUCAAAACUCAUUAUCUAUUGUGCGCAGUGGUGGUAGCCCAAUGCGCAGUAUGGACCUGCUAACUGACAGUUUCACUUAUGAUGAUGAAGUGGAUGGACAGCUUAAGAAAACUCCAGACACAGUCAUCCAUAGACUUGGGCGUUCCAUCCACAACAGGUAUAGGCAGGAAAGUCACCAUGACAGGAGUUUUGAGGGUCACAGAAGUUCGUCUGCAAAACAUGACCAAAUUCGAUCGCAUUCCCAUAAUAUUCAGCACCCACAUGAACCUGUGUCCCCAGGGCACGUGAAACACAGGUCAGAGGUGGGAAGUGAGGAUAGAGGGAGGUAUGAUCAGUCAGAGAGGCAGCCCAGAGGUAGUAGGGAGACUAGCCCUCAACACAGCUAUAGUAAGCACAGAUCUGAGGCAGGGAGUCAGGGUAGAAGAUGGAGGCAUGGCCAGUCAGAGAGCCCAUCCAGGGGUACCAGGAAGACUAGCCGAAGCCCUACACAAGGAGACUCGGACCUGGCCACACAGCUGCAAAGAGUUGUCCGUGGAGAGUUAAGAAGGAUGAUGGAGGUACAACAUCAAAGUAUGAUGGCUAUGAUGGGAGCUUUAGAUGAGACUGUGCAACCGGUGUCGCCAAAACAUGCACCAUUGGGCAGCACCAACAUGUCAAGAGGUCCAGUUAGCUCACAGCUUAGCCAAGGAACCAUGGGAACCGAGGAACUGCGUUUUUCCAAAAAGAAGGGCAGAAGUCGUAAAAGCCAGGAAUUACGAGAGGUUUUGUUUGAACUCAAAGACCUACAGAAGGAAUCCUCGUACAGGAAAAGUGAUAAAAUUGUUUAUGAGAGAUCUGAAGCAGUGCAAAGGUAUAUCAGUGAGCAAGGCCAUUCAGAAAACCCAAAAGCUGAUGGGGCUGAUCAUGGUAUACCAAAGUUUUUGAGGAUUCCAGCAGAGAGGGAUACCACUGGUUUUAAAUUUCCCUCUAUUUCCACAUCACAUCCAGAAGCACUGAGCCAAAGGAUGCAGCAGUUGUCGGUCAGUCAUGUUCAGAUACCUUUGCUAAGACUUCCAGCACCAGACCCAGGGAUGGACGUUCUCAGGAAUUUCCCCAAAAUGUCAUCACAAACCCAGCUGCCUUCACCUGGUUACUUCCGUGGGCUUGUCCGAUCUCACAUCCCUGCUCCAAGCCCGACAGUGUUGCCCAGGCUGGAAGACCAAGGAGGCCCCCGAACACCAGGACCUAUACCCCCAGCAAUCCCUUUGUUAAGAAUAGACUUCUCAUCUCACUCACAUCUGAACCAAUUCAAUUCCAAUGCUGUAGGAGACCAGAUUAACCCUAAAGAGGCUGUCAAACAGAAACUGGCUAGGGAUUUCUACCAACAGCAGAUGGAUAACUGGCAACAGCAUAACCAGGACAAGUUUGGCAAGCAGUUCCUGCGAGUGGACUUCCAAAGGCUGGAUGCCCCUAAACCUAUUCUUGACAGGGACAAUGAAAAAAGGAUGCGCCGAAGGAAAGAGAAGGAUGCUGAACAAGCAGCGCAUACUGCCACAGAGUCGGAGGAUAUUGAUCAGGAGAAUCUCAGCUCUGAGCCAUUUACCUCCCCUGAGCACAGAAAAUCACAGACCAAGAAGAAGGAAAGAGGAAAGUCGGUUGUGAAGAAAAAAGAAAAUGACAGGGCUGUGAGAGGUGAUGAAGAAGAGGAAGAAGAAGAGCUGCAUGAUGGAUAUGCUAUCCCUCCUGGUAUAUUUGAAAGCUACUUGAAGUAUGAGAAUGAGUUUGGAGAUAGGCAACCCACUAAUGCCAAAUUUCAGCAUGAUGUUGCAAAGGCAUUGGAGCAAGAAUGGAAGAAAAGACAGAAGAAGAAGGUGGAUUUUGCUACCAUGACCAAAGAACAGGUGGAUGUUGAGAUAGAGACAGAUCUUGCAGCGGAGGGGAUCCGAACAGCUGAAGCCUCCACCUCUGUUACCAAGGACACAGGGACAGACCCUAUCCAGGAGGCCCUCAUUGAGUACAACAGAUGUAUACAGGGGAACGUCCUUGCCCCGGACAUCUACCUGGGGCUGAGGUUUGGUGAUGAACGGGACCCUGGAUCUGACAGCAAGGUAUCUGAACCAGCCCGUGGCUUCCUGAAUGUGGUGGACAUCCGGGCAUCCUCUGUACUAAGAGAUCUGGAGGGGAGAGGAGAGCAACUGAGGGUCCAACCUGACCUCACCCUCCACCCAACCUCUCUGAGGGCAUCAGUAGAACUCCCUCCAACAUCACAUCAAGGCACUGAUGUAAGGGAGGAGGAGUUGCGAGAGAGUCUGGUCUCCUGGAACAGAGUCAGAGGUGACUCACUUACAGUGGGACUAUUCAACAGAACUCACAUGCCAGAUGAUAGUGUGACAGCAGCUGUGUUUUCUGGCGCCCAGUCAAGAGAGAGAUCGCGAGAGUCAGUGAUUCGUCAGCUAAGGAACAUGGAUCACCAGAUAAAAGCCAUUGACAACAUGUCUGUCUCCAUGCAGAAAGACUUGAACAGCACCAAACUGUUGCUGAGUACAAUAGAGAGUAUAGGGGAGGCAGUACAUCCAGGUGUCGGCCAUGCCUCACCAAGAUCAUCGCAGAGAUCUGCCUGGGGUGACAAACACUCGGUGCUUAAGGAUGGGAGUCCUCAUUCCACUCUCACGCCAGUGCAGUCUGAGAAGUCGCCUCAGAGGAGUGUGCGCUCACAGGGCGUGUCGCAUUCCCAGUCCCCGGAGCCCUCAGCUGCUAAAACCAGAGACAGCAGCGGUCCAUCCAUGGAUGUGAAAGUGUCAGGUCUGAGUGGUAUUAGUGACAUCAUUGGGGAGAUGUUAGCAGAGGGAGGUAUUGACCUGUCUGAGGCAGGCCUCUCCCCUGAGGAGGCUAAACAACUGACUAGGAGAGCCACCCAAAAUCGGCAGUCUCAAGCCUCGGGUUUCGACAGUGUGAAGAUGAGUGUGGAUAAGUUACAACAGAUUGCCAAUGAGGCAGGACUGAAUGCUAACAAACGUGACCCAGAGGAGCAGCAUGCGCUCCAGGAGUGGAUGGCAGAAAGAAGACGCAAAACACAUGCCGAGUACAAGAAGCACAGACAGGAACUUCUGGAUGAAGAGAGGCAUCCGUUCGCAUCCACCCAGAAUACCAGCAGAGAUCCUGUUACAGACCAUGAUAUUUUGGAGGCAGGGAGGCAACGUGAGGCUAACCGCAAGACACAGACAAAAGAAAAUGUGGAAAAGCGAUUCCUACAAGCAACGCAGCUCCUGGGUGACAUCUUGACUGAUGAGGUGGCUCUACCUAAAGAACCAGCUACUGGCUCCCCAAAGUCUGCUCGCUUUGCCCGCCGCAUGCAGACAAGAGUUAUCACCCCUAGGGGAGACAGGGGAGCUAGGCCCAAGACAGCUCCAACAGCCAGGGCUACAGAUAGAACUGCAUGGGAGCAGGCAUCCCUUAAUAACGGCAGAGUCAUUGAUAAAACCUUCCGUGUGUCAAAACAGCCUUCCAUGAGUACUCACAAUCAACCUUCCUCUUUAUACUAUGAUGAACGUCCUAUCAGACCAAUGGUCAAACCCUUCCUAGCUGAUCCUGAAGAGCUCCAACAGUCAGGGGAGACAACUGGGCAGCUAGCCAGGUACACAAAGAUGGUGGAAAGCUUGGAGACAAUUACAGAAAAUACUCCACAACCUGUGAAAAGUGGGGAGGAGGACAACAUCACAGAGCCGGACCCAGAGUCCACUGUAGAACCAUACAAGCCCAAGCCCUUCCAAGAGUUGGUUCGCUUGCAGAGACCCGAGAUAACACGCAAACAGGUACAGAGACGUCCCAGCUCUGCAUCCAGCCAGAGGGAAAGUCCACGUACCUCCAGGCCUUAUGCCUCCUCCUCCAAGGAUGGAUACAGUCAGAAUGAGAAGGAAAAAUUAUAUGGGUCUAAACACAUUCCGGGAGCUUCCAGGAGAGCAAACACCUCACCGAGGAGGGUGAAGACCUACACAGAGCGGCUACAGGACAUGAAGAAGUCCAAGAAGGUGUACAGUACACCUAUUGUACCACAACAGACAUUACCCAAACACGGGACUUCGAACAUUCCUCGGCCUGUGUCAAGGGGUAAGGGACCACUACACAAGCCCAUGACUUACACCCAGCAGUUACAACAGCUUUCCAACAAGGGUGGAUAUUCCACAAGAGGUAUGAAGCGUAGUGUGUAUGUACGACCUCAGGUGGGAAUACACUCCCGUGGACCUCGGCACAAGCCUCAGACCUACACACAGCAAUUACAGAAACUCAACGAACAAGCCCCCAAAACAGCCAGGACUGCUAGAGCGUCUGACGCAGUGCUUGCAGCGCCAACCCACAGCACUUUGUCUCAGCGCCAAGAUACGAGAGCCCGUCCCUACGCUGACCCGUACAUCAGUGAUUUGCUGGAGGAGGAGGAGAUAGAGUCUGACAUUUCUUCCUGGGAGGUGGAUGAACGGGUCAAGCAAAUCCUUUAUGACGAUGAAGACAGCUCAUACGCGGGGAGAGCUAUUUCAUCUCGGGAGUACCAGACAUCAGAGGCUGUCUCGGAUUAUUAUGAUGUCAUCAUGUCAAAUGAGUAUGCAAAUGAGGUAAAUGUGGGAGAGAUUCGAGACAUAGCCGAUGCGGUCUCUGUCAGCAGUGGUAGUAUUAUGAGCUAUAUUGACUGGGAUGCUGUUGAUCAGUUGAUUGGGACCUCAUGAGGCAGUCAGGAAACCCAUCAGGCUUAGGAAAACCAGGAAGCUGCCAACCUGUGAAGCUGCUAGGAAACCAUGUCCGAGUUAGUAAUUCAUAGAGCCCUCCAAGGUGUGUGGGAAAGUUUCAAGACCUGGGAGUUUAUAUUCUACUUUCAUGAUAGGCAUGGUACAUCAGGCAGUAAUUAGAACUGGACAUUAGCCGGGGUUCUUUACAAAGCUACCUGCAGCCUGCUACUUCGCUACAAUGCACUUAUGUUUUACUUCUUUUAAUUUCCGUCAGUCACUGGCAACAUUUCCUUGGUAGCCUUCUGCUAAAGAUGAUGAUAAAAGCCCAGCAUUAGUGUGAUGCUAAAACUAUCGUUUAAUUAUUACACAGUAGGGCAUAUCCGGGCAGUGUAGGUAAUAUUGCAAGUUUGUGUCAACAUGGUAUACGUCUUUGACCUAGUGCUACAUCUGACUGAAAGGUUCCUACACUGUGAUGUUUUAUGACUGUGAUAAAGAAGUUUCAAGCUACAUUUAAGCUUAUUGUACUGUUUGAUCAAGUUGUAUAUACAUGUACAAGCCGUGUGCAUUUAGUUCUAAAAAUUUUUAGCUGGUAGAAGCGGUUUACUUUCAAUAUUGUGCUUUGAUUUUAGCAAGCAUGUUAGUUGAUGAUAAAUUAUUUUACUGUUACAUGUAUAUAUAUAUAUUUUUCUCUUUAUCUCUUCACAUAAAAGUUAGUCAUUCCUGGAUAAUAGUAGAUAUUUUUGAGGAAUUUCCUUAAGAUGUCAUUUAUGUCAUCACAAUUCAUUACCACAGUGUGUACAGAGGGGACCAAACCCACCAAAACUGUAUCACACUGUAUCACUCACAGUGUGAUAUAGUAUCUACUGUAUCUACUCCCAUCAUUUGCUCAACAUUUCCCAGAUCCUCCUCUCACAGGACGCCAGUCUUGCCACUGACAGAUUGAUGUACAACUUGUACAUGCUUGUCUGCAAGAUUAACACACUUAUGAUCUGAUCAGGAAGUGAAAUGAUGUAAAAUCAGAUAAGUACACUGACAAGAUCUGUGUUUGUACAGGUAUGUACACACAGCUAGCACAUCUCAUCAUCUGGAAUGGCCUCCGGUAUGCCCAGUCCCAUCAGCAGCAUGUUCUAUAUUCA